AUGUUGCCUACAAUCUACCAGCCGAGGCUAGCACGCCGCGAAGCUAUACAGAGUCUGCUAGGUCUGUUGGGCAACAGUGCGAGCAGCAACAACGAUUCGCUCACGACUCUGCUCGCGCUCGAUGUGCUCUUGGCUGCUCUCGUUGAUCACCCGCCGGGCGUACGCAUGUUCGAACAGCUGUCCGGACUCGAGCUUGUCGUUCGUCUGCUACGAAACAAGGAAGCUGGCAAGCACACAAGAAUGAAGGCGCUCGAGUUCUUGCAUUUCUAUCUCUUACCAGAAUCAAGCACAGACCUGACGCCGCGCUCACCGAGCAAGCUCAGACGGGUAUCGCCCAGCGCUUCCCUAGUCAGCUCGCGAUCGCGUCAAAGAACAGCAUCAGGCGGCAGUACGGCGUCAUCAGUGUCCUGCUCGAGCCUCUUUGCUUCCAUCUCGGAAGAGGGUACCUCUAGCCCACAGCGAAGUGAGAGCAGAGUACCGUGGUCGCCCCAGACGCCUCGACGAGCCAGGGCGCCGGACUCGCCUUCUCGCAGCCCUGCUCUUCGUUCGCCCGUCAAAGUACUCGAGAUCCCGCCGACGCCAGAGCAAGAUGAUGCCAAUAUCCUCGUCGUACCACAGACGAGCUCACCCGCCGGGUCGGUCAUGCGCACGCCCGAGCGCAAGGAUGACAACGAGAACGUCUCGCCGUUCGCAAGACCACUCCGUGCUAGCUUAGCAAUGACGCCGCCGAGACGAAGCAGGCCGCUAUCAGAAAGCAGUCCGGCUCACCAAUCGCCCAACAAAAGACUCCAAGAAGGCCCUCCUCGGACGCUAUCUGGGCAACGUAGACGGAUUGGUCGAGAAGCUCAAACUCAUGAAUCUGACGCCGCACACGGCCACUGCUGCACAAUGAGAUCUCUGAGAUUGUAUACACGGAAAGAUGCAUCGGAACGAGCCGGAUCUGUCGUCAAAUUAAGCUUCCUGCGAGCGAGGUCGGACGGCGCAAAUGAUGAUUGUCUAAAGGCGUGA